UAUUCUUGACACAUAAACAAUGUCAAAAAAAAAACACAAUGUAGCAUAUAUGAAGCCAAGUGAACCAAAGUUUUUACGUGAAUUAAAAGAACAAGCUGGAUACAAAGCGGGACCAACUGUUGAAACAAAAAGAGGAGUAUUUCCAGGCUAUGAAAAUGAAGAUAUUGAAAGUGAUGAUGAAAGAAUAAAUCCAGCUGAAGAAGAGCCAGUUGUUGUUGUCCUGAAAAAUGGUGAUAUGACACUUGAUGAAGUUGAAAAUUAUAAAAAAGCUAAAGAAGAAGAAGAGUUACAAGCACCAGCUGAUUUAUCGAAACGAAUAUUAUUCAAUAGAAAAUCAAAACAUCAAGAUGACAAGACUGAUGACAAUAUUUCUAAGCCAAAAAAAAAAAUAAAAACAACAAAAACUACUAAAUCAUUAUUGUCAUUUGAUGAUGAUGACAAUGAAUAAUCCUAAUUUGUAAAUAAU